AUGUUUUUCACCUCGUCGAUUCUCUUUGGCCUGAUUAGGCUUGCAAUUGCUGCAAACGAUGAUCUUAAUUUUGCCAAUUACGAUACACCAGACCGCGGAUUCCUAUACCAGCCUCAAAUAACGCAUAACUGGGGCCACCUGUCACCAUUUUAUUCUGUCCCGUCAGAUAUCAACCCCUCAAGUGAUUUGCCCGGCUGCACGGUCACGUUUGCACAAUCUCUCUCUCGACAUGGCGCUCGAUAUCCGAGGCUUGACCAAGAGUACGGUGCUAUGAUUGACCGAAUCCAAUCGUCUGUGGUCGAAUACGGCCGAGGAUACGAAUUUCUUCGAGAUUACAAACAUAAUGUCCUCAAAGGAAAUCUAAAUUCCCUUGGUCACCACGAAUCGAUAAACGCCGGGAAGCAUUUCUACCGACGAUAUCACAACUUGGCUAGGAACAACGACCCUUUUAUUCGAUACGAUGCAUCUGAACGAGUAGUUGAAAGCGGUGUAGGAUGGGCCCAGGGUUUCCAUUUAGCUGCUCUGGCCGAUAAAACUCGAGUUGUUCCGGACAGUUUCCCUUAUAAAACGCUUAAAAUGCCCUCCGGGAAAGGGUUGAAUAACACUUUGGGUCGCAAAGAAUGCCCCAAGGAUAUUUAUUCAAAAUCUAAAACGACUGUGGAUAAAUUCCAAGCAAAGUUUCUAACGGGGAUUGCAGACCGAUUGAAUAGAAAUUUACCAGGGGCAAACCUAUCAGUCAAAGACGCUUUUGACCUUAUGGAUUUGUGUACUAUGGAAACCGCGGCCACAGUUUUAAAAACGGGGGUUUUAUCGCCUGUUUGCGGUCUUUUCGAAGAAAAAGAUUGGAAGGUGUUUAAUCAGUAUCACAACGCGGUGAAAUGGCAUACUUGCUCGUAUGGCAACCCUUUCGGGCCGACAUUGGGGGUAGGAUGGGUAAACGAGCUUAUUGCAAGGUUGCUACAAAAACCGGUGGUGGAUCACACUAGCACCAACCGCACGCUUACUUCCAACCCGGCGACUUUCCCGUUGAAAAACAAGCUUUACGCCGACUUCACCCACGCGACCAGCUUUUUAACGAUCUAUUCCGCGCUGGGAUUGUUGGGUUCUACACCUACCCCUGUCCCUACAAACAGAGUCGUGAGCGCAGUGUCGCCUUUCGCGGCCAGGAUGUACGUCGAAAAAAUGACUUGCUCGGGCCAGCGGGAGGAACUGGUUAGGAUUUUGGUCAACCACCGGGUGAUGCGUCUGCCUAACUGCGGCGCAGAUGCGGAAGGACGGUGCAAGCUCAGCGCGUUUGUCGAAAGUUUAAGUUUUGCUAGGUCUGGUGGACAUUGGGACAAAUGUUAUUAG